UUCGUUGGCCGCGCUCUGAUGGCGGUCAGUGCCGGAGCUUUGGGCGCUCUGUAGGCUCGGUCCUCGCUCGGCACCGUGAGGGCUGGGUGCCUCCCUCCUUUGUCCUCCUCACAGGCCUGCGCGUCGUUCCGAAGGGCGCAGGCCUUCCGGUGGCCGGCAGCAUGGGCCGGGAGUCUCGCCACUACCGCAAGCGCUCAGCAUCUCGAGGACGCUCAGGAAGUCGCUCUCGGAGUCGCUCACCCUCUGACAAAAGAAGCAAACGUGGGGAUGACAGACGUUCUAGGAGUCGAGACAGAGACAGAAGGAGAGAGAGGUCUCGGAGUAGGGACAAAAGAAGAUCUCGGUCAAGGGACAGGAAACGCCUGAGGCGUUCCAGAAGUAGAGAGCGAGACAGAAGCCGAGAGCGAAGAAGAUCUCGGAGCCGAGAUAGGAGGCGCUCAAGGAGUCGAAGCCGGGGCCGGAGAUCCAGGUCCUCUAGUCCUGGCAGCAAAAGCAAAAAGGCCGAGAAUAGGUCUAGAUCCAAAGAGAAAGCAGAAGGUGGGGACAGUUCUAAAGAGAAGAAAAAAGACAAAGAUGACAAGGAAGAUGAGAAAGAGAAGGAUGCCGGGAACUUUGACCAGAAUAAGCUGGAGGAAGAAAUGAGAAAACGAAAAGAAAGAGUAGAAAAAUGGCGAGAAGAACAGCGUAAAAAGGCCAUGGAAAACAUAGGAGAACUGAAAAAGGAAAUUGAAGAAAUGAAACAAGGGAAAAAGUGGAGUUUAGAAGAUGAUGAUGAUGACGAAGAUGAUCCUGCCGAAGCUGAGAAGGAGGGAAAUGAGAUGGAGGGCGAGGAGCUAGAUCCAUUAGAUGCCUACAUGGAGGAAGUGAAAGAAGAAGUGAAGAAGUUUAACAUGAGGAGUGUGAAGGGUGGUGCCGGGAAUGAGAAGAAGUCUGGGCCAACAGUCACAAAAGUUGUUACUGUGGUGACAACCAAAAAAGCAGUAGUAGAUUCUGACAAGAAAAAGGGAGAGCUGAUGGAAAACGACCAGGAUGCCAUGGAGUACUCUUCAGAGGAGGAGGAAGUUGACCUUCAGACAGCCCUCACAGGAUACCAGACAAAGCAGAGGAAGCUUCUAGAACCAGUUGAUCAUGGGAAAAUUGAAUAUGAGCCGUUCAGAAAAAAUUUUUAUGUUGAAGUUCCAGAACUAGCAAAAAUGACUCAAGAGGAGGUCAAUGUGUUUCGCUUGGAAAUGGAGGGCAUCACAGUAAAAGGAAAAGGCUGUCCCAAGCCGAUUAAAUCAUGGGUACAGUGUGGAAUUUCCAUGAAGAUACUAAAUUCCCUCAAAAAGCAUGGCUAUGAAAAACCCACACCAAUCCAAAGUCAAGCAAUUCCAGCUAUCAUGUCUGGACGAGACUUGAUUGGCAUUGCCAAGACAGGAAGUGGAAAAACCAUUGCCUUUCUUUUGCCCAUGUUUAGACACAUCAUGGAUCAGAGGUCAUUAGAAGAAGGAGAGGGGCCAAUAGCUGUCAUCAUGACUCCAACUCGAGAGCUGGCUUUACAGAUCACUAAAGAAUGUAAGAAGUUUUCGAAGACCUUGGGACUCAGAGUGGUCUGUGUGUAUGGAGGGACAGGAAUCAGCGAGCAGAUUGCUGAGCUGAAAAGAGGUGCUGAAAUUAUUGUUUGCACACCUGGUCGAAUGAUUGACAUGUUAGCAGCUAACAGUGGUCGUGUCACAAAUCUCCGAAGAGUGACAUAUGUUGUUUUAGAUGAAGCCGACAGAAUGUUUGACAUGGGUUUUGAACCACAGGUCAUGCGCAUUGUGGAUAACGUUCGACCUGACCGACAGACAGUUAUGUUCUCUGCUACUUUCCCUCGAGCUAUGGAGGCCUUGGCCCGCAGGAUCCUCAGCAAGCCCAUUGAAGUCCAGGUCGGAGGCAGGAGUGUGGUCUGCUCGGACGUGGAGCAGCAGGUGAUUGUGAUUGAAGAAGAAAAGAAAUUCUUGAAAUUACUGGAGCUUUUAGGCCACUAUCAGGAGUCAGGAUCUGUCAUCAUAUUUGUGGAUAAGCAGGAACAUGCUGAUGGUCUCCUGAAGGACUUGAUGAGAGCAUCUUACCCUUGCAUGUCUCUUCAUGGAGGUAUUGAUCAGUAUGACAGGGACAGCAUCAUAAAUGACUUUAAGAAUGGAACCUGCAAACUUCUUGUGGCCACAUCUGUUGCCGCUCGUGGUCUAGAUGUGAAACAUCUCAUUCUUGUAGUAAAUUACAGCUGUCCCAACCAUUAUGAAGAUUAUGUGCACAGAGCUGGGCGUACUGGAAGAGCAGGCAACAAGGGUUAUGCCUAUACUUUCAUCACAGAAGAUCAAGCUCGGUAUGCCGGUGACAUAAUUAAAGCUCUUGAAUUGUCAGGGACUGCAGUGCCUCCUGACCUAGAAAAACUCUGGAGUGACUUCAAAGAUCAACAGAAAGCGGAAGGAAAAAUAAUUAAAAAGAGUAGUGGCUUCUCUGGCAAGGGAUUCAAGUUCGAUGAAACAGAACAGGCUUUAGCCAACGAGAGGAAAAAAUUGCAGAAAGCUGCUCUUGGCCUGCAAGAUUCUGAUGAUGAGGAUGCUGCAGUUGAUAUUGAUGAACAAAUUGAAAGCAUGUUUAAUUCAAAGAAGAGAGUAAAGGACAUGGCUGCGCCGGGCACAUCCAGUGUGCCUGCUCCCACUGCGGGCAAUGCUGAGAAGCUGGAGAUCGCCAAGAGACUGGCUCUUAGGAUCAAUGCUCAGAAGAACCUGGGCAUCGAGUCUCAGGAUGUGAUGCAGCAGGCCACCAAUGCCAUCCUCAGAGGCGGCACCAUUCUGGCUCCUACGGUGUCUGCAAAAACCAUUGCGGAACAGCUUGCUGAGAAGAUCAAUGCCAAGCUCAAUUACGUGCCUUUGGAGAAGCAGGAAGAGGAGAGACAGGAGGGUGGGCAGAGUGAAUCUUUCAAGAGAUACGAGGAAGAGUUAGAAAUUAAUGACUUCCCACAGACGGCGAGGUGGAAGGUCACCUCUAAGGAAGCCUUGCAGAGGAUCAGUGAGUACUCUGAAGCCGCCAUUACCAUCAGAGGGACUUACUUCCCUCCUGGCAAAGAACCCAAAGAAGGAGAGCGGAAAAUCUACUUGGCCAUUGAAAGUGCCAAUGAACUGGCUGUGCAGAAGGCGAAGGCGGAGAUCACCAGGCUCAUAAAAGAAGAGCUGAUCCGACUGCAAAAUUCAUACCAACCAACAAAUAAGGGACGAUACAAAGUAUUAUAAACAUCGGAGUCACUUUGUACCUGUGCUGGUCUGUGAAGUUUACAAUGUAUUGUAAAGUAAGACUGUUAAAAUUCUGUCUUGCUUAUUUUUUAAAUACAAGAAUCCAGUGUGUGUUAAAGAAGCCUUCAGUCAGUAAGUACUACCCCACACUCAUCCAGACUCCAUUUAGAUCAGACCUGUUUUCAGGGUGUAAUGAUCUAUAAUGUAAACCUUGGGUACCAACACCUUCAGUAUCUGGAAACGUUGGGAUUUUGUACUGAAUGUAGAAUAAAGUAUGCCAGCCACUACGGGGCCACUGACCUAUCCUCCUUCAAUGACAUUGUGAUGGGAUGGUCCCCUAAGGAAAGCUAGCAGUUCUUGUCAUAUUUUGCUGCCACCUCUUGAGUUCAAAUCUUACUGGACUGAAUGGAACAUAUGAACUGGAAGACUGUUAUAAUAGAAGUUUACAAAAUAGGUUCAGAGUUUUUAUUGUAAUUUUUUCAUCAGAAAUGGGUAGUAGUUGGCUUGCAUUGGUUUUCUACAAUUAAAGAUAAAUAGCAUAAUGGGACUUUUGCAUUUCUUUCUUUUUAUUUCCUACUUUUGAGAGAGAGACCCUGUGGAGCUCGGGCUGGCUUUGAACUUGUGAUGAUCCCGCACCUGCCUUCCUAUUGUUUGCUUUUACUACACUCAGGCCUCCACUUCUGUCCGCUGCAUCAUAGUGGACAGAAUAGUGUUACUAUUUCAGGUUUUCAAUGAUCCUCGGCCUUUGCCUAAGUACAGACUCAUCUAUUGACUUACAUUGGAGAAAGUGAUUGUGGCCAAUCCAUACUAUAUACGAUUCCUUUACCUCAGAAGUGCUUCUUUCAACAUCUAUAUUACACUACAUACAAAUACUUUAAUACUUUAAAUCUAAUUUUCCUUCAGGACGAUUGAGUGGGGUGUGAAUUUCCCCCCUCUUAAAACAAGGCAUGGUAAUGCAUGCCUGUAAUCCUAGCACCCACUAGGCAGGGCAGAAAGAUCAUGAAUUUGAUGCAGCCUUACAUAAUAAAGCCUCAUGUCAGAAAACAAAGCAAGCAAGGCUGGAGGUAUAGGUCGGUAACACACUUGCUUAAGUGUGUCCAAGGUUGACACCAGAAAAAAAAAACAAAACAUUUUUGUUAACUACUGCUUCUUGGGCAGAUGAUAACUCAGUGGUAAGGAUCUUGCUGCCAAGCCUGCUCACCGGAGCUCGGUCCCUGCUAUGGGUCAACAUAGCAGAACAUGCACGUUGUUCUCUGACAUGCGCUAAAUGUACGCACGCACAUACGCAUGUAAGUGGAUGUAGUAAACAAAUAAAUUACAUCAAAUAAUGGUAUUUAAGUUUCAAGCUACAGCAUCUCUUAGUAAAAUUUAGUGCACAAAGAACCAAGAAUUGUACUUUAGGACCUUUGGAGUGUAAUUGUGAAUGACUAUAAUUGGAUUACCUAAAAUUACUUUCAAGACUCCUGAUAUAUGAAAACUUCAUAUUAUUGUAAAAAAGCUUUAUCAGAUAUUAAAUAAACAUUCCUUAAAUUUUAGGAGACAGAAAAGUUCUUUAUUCUUGACUUGAAUCAGGUGUGAUGGCGCACACCUGUAAGCCCAGCUUUCGAGAGGCAGAGGUUGGAUGGUUCCUGAGUUCAAGACCAGCCUGUUCUACAUUGUGAGUUUCAGGCCAGCCAGAACUACACAGUGAGACCCUGUCUUAUAAAAAAAGAACAAACAUAUAUGUAUACAUUCUUGAUUUAGAGGUUGUUUUUAAGACAAGAGUAUACUGUAGUUCUUAAAAGAAGUACUUUUGAGGCUAGAGAGGGGAUCCAGUGUUUAAGAGCACCUGCUCCUCUUGCAGAGGUCCCAGGUUCAGUUCCCAGCACCCACAUGGCAGCUGACAGUUGUCUGUAGUUACAGUGACUAAAUCUAAAGAACAAUCCAAAAAGUUAACACAGUUAAUAGCCGUUGACAGACAAGCAUCCUGUUUGUUAAGUGUGAGGUUAUUUGUACUGGAAAAGUAAAAUGUAAUUGGUAAAUAUUUUUAGACCUUUACAUACCCAGUUACUUCACUCCAAGAAAAUAGAGGAGAUAUCUGUGACAACAAAAUGAAACAAAACUUUACCCUAGAAUCCAGUCGUGAGCACUUCUUCCUGCCUUGGUUUAUUUAUUUGCUUCUCUUUGUCACCCAGGUGUAGUUUGUUACUUUGCAGGGUCUGUGGCAGCCACACUGGUGCAAUGGUGCUCCCUGAAACUCACUGGGCCCCUUUUGAGAUUCACAAGUUAAUCAUUUCGCAUUUUCUGUUUGUGUAUCUAGUUGUGAUAAAACAUUGAUAGUAUUUUGUUCUAAGAUGAAAUUGCUCAGUACAUUUUUUAGUGUCGAUACUGACUGAUUUUUAAAGUUUGAAUGAUGUACAGAUUUUGAUUUGUUUUUUAAUGCAAUAUUGUUUGUGCUCUUCAAAUUCCUUACAGAAUAAAGUUAAUUCAGUCUGCA